CUUCAUUUAUAGUGUUGUGGGGGGAACAAGUAGUCGGAUGUCACGCACAUGUAAAACAAUUAGAUCUAACCCAUGACUCAUUUCACUACAUAUAAAUAUAAACAAUGGUUUAUUUAAAACACCAAGAAGAUUAAAAAUUACAGCUAUGUGUAACAUCUUCUUUUUAAAUUUUGUAUUUAUUCUUAGUGAAUAAUAAUUUGGAUACGACAUUUGUAUUAUAUAUAAAAUGUCGAGGAAUAACUGUUCUCUGUGCACGGUAAUUUUGGCUAUAUUAUCAACAGCCAUCAUACCCAGCAAAGGUGUAGUGCUAGACUGUUAUACCACAACAGUUUCGAAGUACGAUGGACAUCAGGAGAGGUCUAAAGACGAACAACCGUGUUUUCGAUGAGAUCAGUUUGAGACAUACAGUGCGAGUGACUUCCCAGAUUCCACAAAGUCAGACGCAGCUAACUUCUGUCGUUCUCCAGAUGGACAUAACGAAACCUGGUGUUUUACAACAGAUCGAGGAGAUCGGCAGCCUUGUGGUAUCACAAAAUGUGGUGACGAUGGUUUGAGUAAGUGUGGUCAAUUGACUAUUGACAAACCCACAAUAUUAGGACGGUAUGUCAACUUUUCUUUUACCCCCGACACGUAUGAUCCAAAUGCAAUUCUAGAAUGGCAGCGCAGCAUGAAUGGAUUAGAUCAAUGGAAAACGCUUCCUUUAAACAACAAGUUUAAUCAAUAUCAGAGAAAUACCAUGAUUUACCACAUGCUAUUAACAGACAGUGAGAAAAACCAAGACGAGAUAUUUUACCGAGUUCAUUAUUAUAAUGAAACAUCACAUUGCUGGAUGAACGCUGGGAAACUGACGCUUCAAGAUACAGGAAAUUGUGGACUAGUGUACCUCAGAUCUGAGAAGUUAAUUAAAAAUGGGACCGUAGAAAUAGAAUAUUAUCCGUCAAAGUAUGUGAUGGAAAAUAGCGGUAGUUUCAAGCGAAGCUGGAUACACACUGACGACAAGAAAUCAGAAACCCUAAUAUUGGCUAAUGGCAGUUACGAAGAGACAACGGGGCAAAAUAACAAUUAUGUGUUAACAAUAUAUAUGUUCAGUGUUUCUAUGAAUGGAAGAUACAGUGUUUAUUGCGGUCCGAAUUUACUAUACACAAAUGCAAUACUGUUAAAAUUACCAGAACCACCAAGAACACCUGUAAUAGUUGGAUUACAAGACAUAGAAAGGUGCAGGUACUGUAUUGUUGCUGAGGAUAAUGAUAAUUUCGAACUUGCCUGUGAGAUACACGGUGGUACCCGUCCUCUAACCAUUACGAUGACAAUAGGAAAUGAAUCAUAUGUACCUCUAGAAUGGAAUUCAACAACCUGUAUGGUACUUUUUACGGUUAGAGACAACCAUCACAUGGCAAAUGUGAUAUUUUCAGUCAUGAACGAUGCAUUGUCGUCACCUUUAAGUGUUACUGCUCAGAUGUUUGUUAUAAAACCACCAACGAUUCAAUUGUCGGUCCCGGAAAUUCUAAGAGUCGGAGAAGCUGUUAACAUCACAUGUACGUUGGAUGACGGAAGACCUAAUCCGAUUGUGUAUUUUAGCAUUUUCGGUUCAGAAGUAUCGUCUGCAAACUCACAUUUCUAUAAUUCGACUACAUCUUUAAAUACCAACGUUAUCACUUUGACCACAUUCAAGAAAGAAUGGAACAAAGAAAACAUCACGUGCUGUCGAUAUAAUGAAUGGUACACAAUUGUGCGUGCCUGUUCACCGCCGAAACAAGUUAACUAUCAUUUUCCUCCCACAGAUGUGAUUUUAGAAGUCAAAGUUAAUGAAGACAAUCAAAUGUAUGCUACUUGCACAGUGUAUGGCUCGAAUCCAGUCUGCAACGUUCAGUUUAAAACUACAAGCGGUAUCAUCGGAUCAGAAAAGUCUUCAGAGAAUAUAAGUCUACUACCCUAUGGUGCGUGGAAUUCUGUGUAUGGAGUAAACUUGAAUGUCAGUGAAGAAGACAAUGGUACAGAUGUAACGUGUAUAGUUGAGUGUGACGAGUUUCCUGUUGACCUUACGGACACUGUCAAAAUCCUCUUGCCUUACCCUCCAGUUAUAGAGUUCAAUAUAUCUGGAUCGACAUUGACUAUUUCUGCAGGAGAGCGGGCACAUGUAAAUUGUGUAGCUGCAAGCGUUCCUGCCUCCAAUAUAUCAUGGAUUGAAGAGUUAAGUAAUGGAAACAUAACAAUGAAGCAAUGUGACAUGUCACCAAACUGCGUAUUAAAUAUUGAUACUGAUGAAGUUUCAAACAGGCGUUUAAUGUGCCAAGUUCACUAUAGGACAAAAGUUGAUCACAAAUAUUUGACUGUACACAUAAUAGAAAAAGCCGAUAAAGAUAGUAAAUACAAUGAUAAACAGAACAAAACUGGCCAAGACACGGACAAGGCCAUAAUUUGGAUAAUACUGGGUGCAUGUCUACUUGUGGUCGGUAUCAUUGUCUUAGCGGUUUUGUUUGUUGUCAUCAGGAAAAAACGCCUCAAUUCUACAGAAAAGAGGGACAGCCAGGUAGAUUAUCACAAGCAUGAGGAUGAUAUAGUAUUUUCUAAACAAAACCCGGAGGUUCGUCCUUUAGGAAACCUUAGUCAGAAUGCGCAUGCGCUUGAGAACGAGGCUGAGGUACCUGUAUAUUCUCAACCAGUUAAAAAGAACACGACAGAAGACUCGCACAAUACAUAUGCGCAAGUAAACAAAACAGGAAAAUCAGCUUCUUCAAAAACGGAAAAGCCCCAACAUGCACAGGACGGACAAUUACUAUAUGCUGAUCUUGCCUUUGAUCCAAAUGAGACUCCAUCAAAAGCAGCAGUUACCAAGCGGCGAGAUUCCCCGACAGAAUAUGCUGAUAUAGAUUAUGUGAAGACAAAAACUAAUAAAGUCAUUGAUGAAACUCCUACGGAACCAGACAAUAUUUAUGCAAACCAGUAGAUUCAUUUGAUAUUAUAUAGUAAUGAUGUUUGUUUCAUUGAAAAAAAUUCUACUUAAUACACAAAAGACUGUAAAUAUUAGCAUGUGUAUGCGAGUGUUUGUCAGGGCUUAUUGCCAAUACCUUAAGAUUUAAUCUGUUAUUGAACUUGUGUCUGUGUUAAGUGUUCGUCCUAUGUUUUUUAUGACAAUGUUUGUUGCGCAUGAACCUUUAACUGAUAAUUGCAAAAAUAAUAUUUUAUCAUUAAUCAAUGUAGUUCUAUCGUUAAAACCUUUUUUUGGGGUUAUUUUCACUUGCUAUUUUAUAAAAUUGACAACUUCAAAGUUGUCGUAUUUUACUGUUUACACAACAUAUUAAUAUAAAUGACAAGUCAACAUGUAUAUACAUAUAUUAAGGUUUUUAUUUCAUAAUGUGAACUGUGGAACAUGACAUUGAUUUAUGUGUAUUAUAGUACAAGAUACAUACAGACUGGGCUUAGUAGUAAUAGUAUGCCAAAAUGAUAGAUAACAUAUUUGGGAGUCGGCUAUAUUUCAUAACAUUUUAUGUGAAAGCUGUCAUUAUAUAUAUUGGGCUAGAGAUUUAGUUUAGCAGUUCGAAUUUGGUAUUUCACUUGUACACUUGUAUAUUUGUAUAUUAAAAGUAUGUAACAUCUG